CCCGAGCCUGGAGUCCGGCCGCCCCCCGCGCCGCCAUGUCGGGCGACAAGCUCCUGAGCGAACUCGGCUAUAAGCUGGGCCGCACCAUAGGAGAGGGCAGCUACUCCAAGGUGAAGGUGGCCACGUCCAAGAAGUACAAGGGCACGGUGGCCAUCAAGGUGGUGGACCGCCGGCGAGCGCCGCCGGACUUCGUCAACAAGUUCCUGCCGCGCGAGCUGUCCAUCCUGCGGGGCGUGCGGCACCCGCACAUCGUGCACGUCUUCGAGUUCAUCGAGGUGUGCAACGGGAAGCUGUACAUCGUCAUGGAGGCGGCCGCCACCGACCUGCUGCAGGCCGUGCAGCGCAACGGGCGCAUCCCCGGCUCGCAGGCGCGCGACCUCUUCGCGCAGAUCGCGGGCGCCGUGCGCUACCUGCACGACCACCACCUGGUGCACCGCGACCUCAAGUGCGAGAACGUGCUGCUGAGCCCGGACGAGCGCCGGGUCAAGCUCACGGACUUCGGCUUCGGCCGCCAGGCGCACGGCUACCCGGACCUCAGCACCACCUACUGCGGCUCGGCCGCCUACGCGUCCCCCGAGGUGCUGCUGGGCAUCCCCUACGACCCCAAGAAGUACGACGUGUGGAGCCUGGGCGUGGUGCUCUACGUCAUGGUCACGGGCUGCAUGCCCUUCGACGACUCGGACAUCGCCGGCCUGCCCCGGCGCCAGAAGCGCGGCGUGCUGUACCCCGACGGGCUCGAGCUGUCCGAGCGCUGCAAGGCCCUCAUCGCCGAGCUGCUGCAGUUCAGCCCCUCGGCCAGGCCCUCGGCCGGCCAGGUGGCGCGCAACGGCUGGCUGCGGUCGGGGGACUCCGGCUAG